GGGUUGCUCUGGGAGUCAGAAUUUGCUCCAACACUUCAUGGACCAACGUGGAGCUCACUAACUCCUGGAAUGGAGAGAACACUCUCGCCCACCACCCGCCUGGAACCGCAGAGAAAACACCCGGCAGAGGAGAGGCUGUUAAGAAAUGACACUGGGUGCAGAGGACCCAGAAAUUAGCGUGGACUGCCAUGGGCGGAAGGAGUCCAAAGUGCGGGCAUUUAGGCUGGGCCUGGAAUGGAUUCAUUCAGUUAACAAGAGUGUAUUGCGUCUGUACCAUGUGCCAGGACACCUCCCCUACACAGUCUCAUUUAUGUCCUACAACCUCCUAGAUGGCAGGUACCACUAGUCAUUCUCAUUUGAGAAUGAGACGUGAGAACUACAGGAAGGAUAAGCAGGGAUUAUUCGGAGAAAGUGGGGGGAAAGCAUCCCAGGCAGAGGAAACAGCACACACAGUGGCCUGGGGGCCGGAAAGGCUGGUGGGGAAGGGCUGAAGUUGGACUCUGGAGCCCUGGCAGGCCUGGGAGCAGGGCCAGCCCCCUCAAGCCAUGUUCUGAAGGUUUUCAAGGGGCCAACCCCCUCGGGCCUCCCACCAGGCCCCUCUUCACACGACACAUCCCAUGCUACGCUGUUUUUCAUUUCUCACACAGGGGUCAGCUCUUUCCCCACCCGUGUGCUUCUUGCCUAAGAUGCCCUCUUCUCUCUUCAUUCACCCAAGCCCCCCUGGUCCUUUAAGGCCCAGCAACAGACAUGUCUUCUCCAGGAGCCAUUCCGGGUCACUUGUCCUAGGUGUACCCAUAACCCCCAAGAUCUGGGCUCUCUCAUCUGGGCCCCACCCAGAUAGCAAGAACUCAGACUCAAGCCCUGCCCUGAGGCUGACACCUCCAGGAAGCCCUCAGAGCUGCUACCAUACUUGGGACAGACACUGUGAUAGGGUUGACCACUGGAGGUUGUCCUGGGAACCCAGCAAAGGACUGGUUGCUGGGCCGACAGCCAGGUCUCCUUGCCCUCCGGGGCUCCAGCACCACUAAAAUCAGAACAGGAGGCCACACUUGCAACUGGCACAAGCAACCCCUUAGGACAGACCUGAAUAAACGAUAAGAAGAUUGCAGCCAAAAGAAGGACCAUGGUUUUGGAAGGUGGAGUCCAGGCUGAGGAGGUGGGCGCUGUCCUUUGUCAGCUCACGCCUCUCUGGAUGUAGGAAGCAUAAUCGGGCAGCCAUGGAGUGGGACAAUGGUACAGGCCAGGCCCUGGGCUCCCCACCCACUACCUGCGUCUACCGAGAGAACUUCAAGAGACUGCUCCUGCCACCUGUGUACUCAGUGGUGCUGGCAGCUGGCCUGCCACUGAAUGUCUGCGUCAUUGCCCACAUUUGCACGUCCCGCCGGGCCCUGACCCGCACAGCCGUGUACACCCUGAACCUGGCGCUGGCUGACCUGCUCUAUGCCUGCUCCCUGCCCCUGCUCAUCUACAACUAUGCCCAAGGCGACCACUGGCCCUUUGGUGACCUUGCCUGCCGCCUGGUCCGCUUCCUCUUUUACGCCAACCUACACGGCAGCAUCCUCUUCCUCACCUGCAUCAGUUUCCAGCGCUACCUGGGCAUCUGCUACCCACUGGCCCCCUGGCACAAGCGUGGGGGCCGCCGCGCUGCCUGGCUGGUGUGCGGGGCCGUGUGGCUGGCCGUGAUGACCCAGUGCCUGCCCACAGCCGUCUUUGCUGCCACAGGCAUCCAGCGUAACCGCACCGUCUGCUACGACCUGAGCCCACCUGCCCUGGCCACCCGCUAUCUGCCCUAUGGCAUGGCCCUCACCGUCAUCGGCUUUCUGCUGCCCUUUAUCGCCCUGCUGGCCUGCUACUGCCGCCUGGCCCGUCGUCUCUGUCGCCAGGAUGGCCCCGUAGGGCCGGUGGCCCGGGAACGCCGUGGCAAGGCGGCCCGCAUGGCUCUGGUGGUGGCAGCUGCCUUUGCCAUCAGCUUCCUGCCCUUCCAUGUCACCAAGACAGCCUACCUGGCAGUGCGCUCCACAGCCGGUGUCCCCUGCCCUGUGCUAGAGGCCUUUGCGGCUGCCUACAAGGGCACGCGGCCCUUUGCCAGUGCCAACAGCGUGCUGGAUCCCAUUCUCUUCUACUUCACUCAGAAGAAGUUCCGCCGGCGGCCCCAGGAGCUGCUACAGAAGCUCACGGCCAAGUGGCAGCGACAGGGUCACUGAGUCCACUGGGGCAGGACACCUGGGGCCAGGUCACGGGAAACCCCUCCAACCCCAAACCAUGCAGAGGAUUAGAGCUUAGCUCAGCUGGGCAUGGAAUGAGGUCCCCCACAGACUCCAGAAUCUCACCAAUGACUAUUUAUUGAGCCCUUGCUCUGGACCCAGCCCUGUGGGCACAGAGAGACAGGCUCGGACUUGGCCCUCCAGAAGGCUCCAGUCAGCCCUGGAGAGUCAGGGAAGCCAUGUGAAGCUGCUCACAAAAAUAUAGUAUGGCGUGUACUGUAA